AAAUUACAAUUGGAAGUGAUGGCGUUUUCGCAAUCCUUUGGAUUUAGCGACAGUACGUUCAUGAAACUAGAGAACGAUUUAAAAGGCCCACAAGCAGAAAAACUCAGGAAUAACAAUAACAAUCAACUAACAAGUGGCUUGGAAAUCAUCCAAGAAUCUCCGCCCAAAUUUAAAUCGAGACCUCAACGUCUGUACACCCAGUCCACCGUGAAUAGAUCGAAUGUGUCACAGCGCCAGCAAUUUCGACGCAGUAAAUCCGACUCCAAGCUGGGGCGGAUAACAGGAGCAGCAACAAAAACAAACGGCAGCUGUGAACAAUACUUGCAGUUCUUUAAGGAUGAUUUUUCGCUAACACGAAACCAGGAGCAGACCAAGGGCAAGCAGGCAGACACAUCACAAAUGCGUGUCUCCCAAAUCCUUACAAACUUGGAUGCAGACGACGAAGUGUUUGCAAGUAACUCGCAAAAUGUCAGCACCACAUCGGUUUUUGAGGCGCAAAUUUGCACAGAAGAUGUUUUCGGCACGGAUACGGAAACGGAAACAGUUGAGAGAACUAAUCAUUCACCCAUUGAAUUGGCGAAUCUCGAUGAGAGCAGUUUUCUACUGCCAGUUAGGGAUGCGGAGGCGUCACAGCAACUCCAAAAGGAUCUGAUGCGCAGCCGUUGCGAAAUGGCCAAGCAGAGUGUCGCCCAUUGCCAGAGAUUCACUCAGAACUUGAGCAGCAUGUCACCAAAUCAGUUGUACCUAUCACCCAGCAGUCCAGCCUUCACAAGGGAUUCAACCGCCACAAGGGAUUCAACCACCACAAGUGAUUCAACUAUUACAAAGGAUUCAUUACCCGCCACAAGAGAUUCACCCGCCCAAAAUCCCAUAGAUUUGAAGGCGCUCAAGCUGAUUUCCGCCUGGAAUCUGCCGCACAGUGUGCUCGGCGAGUACAAGAAGAAGGGUGUCGUCCAAAUGUUCGACUGGCAGGUCGAGUGCCUCUGCAAGCCCAAAGUGCUCUUCGAGCACUCGAAUCUAGUCUACUCGGCGCCAACAUCCGCUGGCAAAACACUUGUCAGUGAAAUUCUGCUGUUGAAGACGGUGCUGGAGCGUGGUAAAAAGGUGCUGCUCAUCCUGCCCUUCAUUUCGGUGGUGCGGGAGAAGAUGUUCUAUCUGCAGGAUCUGCUAACGCCAGCCGGCUACCGGGUGGAAGGUUUCUUUGGGGGUUACACGCCGCCGGGCGGAUUCGAGAGCAUUCACGUGGCCAUCUGCACAAUUGAGAAGGCCAACUCGAUUGUUAACAAAUUGCUGGAGCAGGGCAAACUGGAUGAGAUUGGCACAGUGGUCGUGGACGAGGUGCAUCUCAUUUCGGAUGCGGGUCGUGGCUACAUCCUGGAGCUGCUGCUCGCCAAGGUGCUGUAUAUGUCCCGCAAGCAUGGGCUACAAAUCCAGAUUAUAACCAUGUCGGCCACAUUGGCCAAUGUGCAACUGCUCCAGCAGUGGCUCAACGCGGAACUCUACAUCACAGAUUACCGGCCGGUGGCGCUGCAGGAGAUGAUCAAGGUGGGCAACAAGAUCUACGACAAUCAACUGCGUUUCUUGCGCAACAUCAGCAGCAGCUCCGAGGUGCCGCCACUAGGCAACGAUGCGGAUCAUGUGGCCCAGUUGUGCAUCGAAACGUUGCUCGAGGGCUGCUCCGUCGUUGUCUUCUGUCCCUCCAAGGACUGGUGCGAGAAUCUGGCCGUGCAGCUGGCCACUGCAAUGCAUGCGCUCAUCAAAUCCGACAGCAAAUUGGCCAAACGUUUGCGCUCCCAGCUCAACACGGAGUCCAUUGAGGUUGUGAAACAACAGCUGCGAGAUAUACCCACAGGUCUUGAUGCGAUCAUGUCCAAGGCGAUUACGUACGGCUGUGCCUUUCAUCAUGCCGGACUCACCACGGAGGAGCGGGACAUUGUGGAGGCGAGCUUUAAGGCGGGCGCUUUGAAGGUGAUUGUCGCCACGAGCACUUUGAGCUCGGGCGUUAAUCUGCCGGCACGUCGUGUGCUCAUCCGAUCGCCCUUGUUUGGUGGCAAGCAGAUGAGUUCGUUGACCUACAGACAGAUGAUUGGUCGCGCUGGACGCACCGGCAAGGACACACUGGGCGAAUCCAUACUCAUUUGCACGGAGAGCAAUGCGCGCAUCGGACGCGAACUGGUCACGGCUCAACUGAAGCCCAUUAGAUCCUGCUUAGAUCUGGACGGAAGCACGCAUCUGAAACGGGCGCUGCUUGAGGUCAUCUCAUCCGGAGUGGCUAGCAGCAAAAAAGACGUUGAUAGCUUCUUCAAUUGCACUCUGCUUAGUGUGCAAAAAACGUUGAAUCCACAGGUGGAAAAGGAGACAGAAGAUGAGGAUAAGGAUGAGGAUGAAGCACAUUACAUAACUGAUGCAUUGGAUUUCCUGGUUGAGUACGAAUUUAUACGUUUGCAAACGGACGAGGAGACGGACACCGAGCACUAUGUUGCCACGCGCUUGGGCGCUGCUUGUCUAGCCUCAUCGAUGCCGCCAACCGAUGGCCUAAUCCUCUUUGCAGAGCUGCAAAAGUCGCGUCGUUGUUUUGUCCUCGAGUCGGAACUGCAUGCCGUGUAUCUAGUUACGCCAUAUUCGGUGUGCUAUCAACUGCAGGAUGUGGACUGGCUGCUCUAUCUGGACAUGUGGGAGAAACUGAAUCCCGCCAUGAAGAAGGUGGGCGAACUGAUCGGUGUCAAGGAGGCGUUCCUCGUGCGCGCCAUGCGUGGCCAGACGAAACUUGACUACAAACUCAUGCAGAUACACAAGCGCUUCUACACAGCGCUGGCGCUGCAGGAGCUGGUCAACGAGACACCCAUCAAUGUGGUGGCUCACAAAUUCAAAUGCCAGCGCGGCAUGCUGCAGAGUCUUCAGCAGAUGGCCUCCACCUUUGCUGGCAUUGUGACGGCCUUUUGCAACUCGUUGCAGUGGUCAACACUCGCCCUGGUUGUGUCCCAGUUCAAGGAUCGCCUCUACUUUGGCAUCCAUCGCGAUCUCAUCGAUCUGAUGCGUCUGCCCGACUUGACGCACAAGCGUGCCCGAUUGCUUCACGAUGCGGGCAUCACCAGUCUCGUGGAGCUGGCUGGCGCCAAUCUGCUUGCUUUGGAGCAGCUGCUCUUCGAUUCGCUAAGUUUUGACUCGGCCAAGCAGCAGGAGCAUGAAGACGCCAUUGAGGCAGCUAAACGCAACUCGGCGAGGAAUUUCUUCAUAACGGGCAAGGCGGGCAUGACAGUUGCCGACGCUGCAAAGCUGCUCAUCCAGGAGGCGCGACUGUUUGUGCAACAUGAGAUUGGUGUGCGCAACAUCCAGUGGACACAAGUGGCCGCCAGCUCCAAGGCAAUAAGUGAUGACAAUUCAAAAGUAAUUGAGCUGCACAUGUCACUGGAGGAGCAGGAGCAGGCUAAACAACGUGCUCCAGCCAGCUCUAAGACAACAGAAAGCUGUAGCAAUUUAAAAGUAGAAGAGUUGCAUAUGUCAGUGGAGGAGGAUUCGGCUAAACAGCAGCCUCCAGCAGCUGUGAUGAACUCAGAAGUCAAGGGCAAAACUCUAGAAAUCUUCAAGGCUAAGCAAAUGAGUCCGGCAGCUCUUUUGAGAUCAGAACGCAAGCUCAAAACUCUAGACAGCUCCAAGGUAACAAGUGAUAACAUAAGAAAAGUAAAUGAGUUGCACCUGUCACUUGAGAAGGUCCAGAAUCAGGCUAAACAACAACCUCCAGCAGCACUGAUGAGCUCAGAACUUAAGCGCAAAACUCCAGACAGAGCCGAGAGGCUGAGCAAGGUGCGCAAGAUUGAGCAAGCAAGUCCUGCGACCAGGCAGUCAAUAAAACCAGAUGAACCUGUAAUAAAAAAUUCGAUAACCCAAAAGUCGAAUCCACCAGCGAGUCCGAAAGUGCUCACCGAACGUAACCCGAUCAGCUCCAGCACCAAUGUACCAAUUGUCCAGGUAGAGGAGAAGCCCAGCACAAGCGCAGCCAGCCGCAAUGAGCUGCUCAGAAAGCAGAUUGAGGACCGUCGUCAUGCGGCCCUGAUGAAAAUCAACCAGAGACGCGCCGCAAUGGAAAACAUGCGCCAAGGUCUGCCCGGCAAUGCGCCAGCAGAGAUUCUACCCGGCUGUACGCCUGACAGGAAUAUUGUAAGGCAAUUCCAAACAGAGACGAGUAGCAUAAAGGAGAAUCUGAAUGCAAAAGAAUUACGAACUCAAACGCCACACGACAAAAGCAGGAAUAACACACCCACUCAAUUGCCACGACGUAGUCCACGUAAUCAUCAAAGCACUGGCUCAGUUCUGGUGCCAAACAAAUCAACUGUUUUCGAGCAGGAUCUGUUUGCGGGCGAGGACGACUCCUUUAUGCUAAACACAGGUCUAACGGCAGCGCUGACCGCAGCGGAAAGUAAAAGCCACGCGGAAGCCGAUGAGAUUCCCAGUUCGCAGCCAAAAGAAUCACCGGACAGAUGCACUGUUCUAACCCCACAUGCCUCACGGCUUAUGCGCUCCUGUCAGCUGCGCUCGAAGCGACGUCAGAGUCCCAAACCCGAACCGCAACCGGAACCGGAGUCCGCAUCGAGUGGUGGCUCCUCCAUCGAGCUCUCAAAUCUGUCCAUGGAGAACUCGCUGAUAAAGCAACCACUGCAGCUGAAUGCAUCGCAUAUACUCAGCUGCUCCAAGACGGAUGAGAACGCAUCCAGUUUCAGUAGCAUCGAUGUCAUUGAUAUAUGCGGCAACAAAGACUUGUUCCAGCUGGCAUUCGGUGAACUGCAGCGGGCAACGCGUUGUGGCUUCAGCGUUGGAUUGCAGGCGCAGGCGGGCAGACGCAAGCCAUUAAUUGGCGCCAAUCUGUUGAUCAACCAGGUGGCGGCGGCGGCACAACGUGAGGCAGCUGCUGGCACCCAGAUCAACUUUCAGGUGGAUGACAGCAGUUUUGUGGCCGGAGUUGCCUUUUGCCUGGCGGAUAAUGUCAUCUACUGGCUUAACAUGCAGUCCGAGGAAGGGCAACAGCAACAGGAUCAUCUAAUCAGCAGCAGCAUGAAAGUGGAGCAAUUGUGCCGUUUGAUGGGGCGACAGGAGCUAACACUCCUGACGCACGAUGGCAAGGAGCAGCUGAAGACGCUGCGGCAAGUGCUGCCCCAAUUGGAGAGGAUGAACGUUCAGCUCGAGGAUCCCAAAGUGGGCAACUGGCUGCUACAGCCGGAUAAGAUGCUUAGCUUUCAAAAUUUGUGCCAGCAAUUUGCACCGGAGUGCACGGCUCUAUCGAAUCUAUGCGGCAGUGGUCGCGGCUAUAGUAGCUAUGGCCUGGACGCCAGCAGCGCCAUCAUGGCCAAGGUGCGCGCCUCCAUCGAGGCCUGUGUCACUGUGCACAUACUCAACGGGCAGAUCGAGAAUCUCGAGCGGAUUGGCACGGGACAGUUGCUCAAGUUCUUUCGAGAAUUGGAGAUGCCCAUACAAAUUUCGCUGUGCCACAUGGAAUCCAUUGGUUUCCCAGCCAAGGGGCAUCGUUUGCAGACUCUCUUCCAACAGAUGUUGGCCACCAUGAAGAAACUGGAGGCGAAAAUCUAUGAGCUGCAUGGUUCGCGUUUCAAUUUAGGCUCCACGCAAGCGGUGGCUAAAGUGCUGGGAUUGCAUCGCAAGGCAAACGGACGCAUCAGCACAUCGCGUCAGAUUCUGGAGAAGCUGGACUCGCCCAUGUCGCAGCUGAUACUCAACUAUCGGAAGCUGAGCAUGCUGCUCUCAAAGAACAUGCAACCACUGCUGAAAUGCUGUCAGGCGAACCGAGUGCACGGCCAGAGUAUCACCUAUACGGCCACGGGGCGCAUCUCAAUGUCGGAGCCCAAUCUGCAGAAUGUGGCCAAAGACUUUGAGAUCCAGCUGGGUGCAGAGAAAAUCAAUAUAUCGUGUCGCAGCGCCUUUGCACCAAUGGAUGGGAAACGGUGUCUGCUCUCCGCCGAUUUUUGUCAGCUGGAGAUGCGCAUUUUAGCGCACCUGUCGCAGGAUCAGGCACUGCUCAAGGUAAUGAACUCGCCGCAGGAUCUGUUCACAGCCAUUGCGGCGCAUUGGAAUAAAAUACCCGAGUCGGAGGUGUCCGAGCAACUGCGCAACGGCACCAAGCAGAUCUGCUAUGGCAUUGUCUAUGGCAUGGGCAUGCGCAGCCUGGCCGAAUCACUCAAAUGUACAGAGCAGGAGGCACAGAUGAUCUCAGAACAGUUCCAUUUGGCAUAUGCCGGCAUCAAAGCCUAUGCCAUGAAAGUGGUCAAGUUUGCGAGGAACAAUGGCUACGUGGAGACGAUAACGGGUCGACGUCGCUAUCUGGAUCAUAUCAACAGUGGCGAGCCACAGAUAAAAAAUCAAGCCGAGCGCCAGGCGAUCAAUUCCACUAUCCAAGGCUCGGCGGCAGAUAUUGCGAAAAGUGCCAUUUUGCGCAUGGAAAAGAAUAUUGGACGUUAUCGGGAGAAGCUGGGCUUGGCGGAAAAUGCCGUCAAUUUGGUGCUGCAUCUGCACGAUGAACUCAUCUUUGAGGUGCCCGUGGAUAAGGCGAAGAAAGUGGCCAAAGUCCUCAGUCUGACGAUGGAAAACUGUGUCAAAUUAAGUGUGCCGCUCAGGGUGAAGCUAAAAAUAGGUCGCAGCUGGGGUGACCUACAGGAGGUCAACGUUUAGUGCUUUUAUUGAUUGACAUAUGUUUUACAAAUGAUAUUUAUUAUUCGUUUUGUUCUUUCAGUUUUAUUUAGCUUGUUUUUGUUCCCACUCAGUCCAUGAGCCAGCAUAGGCUACGGCGCUGCAAAUUAGAGCACGUUUUAAUAAAUAUACAUUCUUAUGUAUCAGCAUGA